GCGCUUUUAAAAAGCCCUUCAGCCCGAGGAUGUGGGUGGAUUUCGUCUCCUUCAUACGCCUUUAGACCCCAGACCAACUUUCAGUCGAAGGACGCAGGAGCCCAUAAGAGCUUUUGAGAAAUAUAUUCUUUGCAAGGCUGUCCGUUUGGAAUGGGAUGAUGUCCGCGAAUGAAACAUAUGUGUGCCGGCCUUUUAAACUGAUCGCUCUACUUUGCGUAUUUCUCGCCCUGAGUCUGGAUAUAGUGGCGCUGCUUAGUCCCGCUUGGGUCACCGCGGACCGCUACUCUUUGUCGCUGUGGGGGUCUUGCUGGGAAGAAGCUGCUGACUGGAAUUGCUUGUCAACUUUAAGGACUGAUUGGCAGGUGGCCACAGCGGUGCUGCUGCUGGCCGGAGCCGCGGUCACGCUGGUGGCCUUCCUCAUCGCCCUCAUCUCACUGUGCAAGGGGACGCAGUGGAACCACUAUCGCACUGUCGCCAUCUUCCUCUUCACUGCAGUGGUCCUGCAGGCUUGCGCACUGGUCCUCUACCCCAUCAAGUUCAUCGAUGGGAAGGUCCUUCAAACCUACCAUGAGUUUAACUGGGGCUACGGCCUGGGUUGGGGCGCUACCAUCUUCAUGCUGGGGGGUGGGAUACUGUUCUGCCUCCGCACAGACCUGUAUGAGGACGCCCUCUACUGACAGCACAUGGAACGCCGGAUGCCAACAGACUGCGAACCUGUCGGCGCGUAAGCGGGCCAGAGGUCGAGACGAACAGCUGCUCAGAGAGUGCCAACGCCAUCAAAACGAGCCCAGAAGCGUCUAAGAAUGGAAGCGCCGCCCGCGAGUGAUAAUUUCAUUCCCUGUCAACCGGAACUUUCUAGUGCUUAGAAGUAAAGGGGAAAGCUUGUCAGUUAUUCGAUUUUUUUUUACUUCAUUUAAAUAUUCACUGAAUGUGGUGAUAUCAAAACUACAAAAUGCAUUUUUAAAUUAAUUAUUUUUAAAUAAUACCAUAUUGCUUCCCUCAACUGUGUAUUACAUUCAUGCAUAUUUUUUCAGUUUAUAUUAAAAAAAAAAAAAAUCUGAACUAUAUGUACAUAGCAAAAAAAAAUUCAGUUUACUGUAUAGUGGGAGAGAAAUGGGGAGCCUGUAUUAUCAGUAGAGUGACUGGCUUUCUGUAGUUAUGGCAAAAUGAAGAGAGCUAGCUUAGAAUUUUCACCUAUGUUAUGAGUUCCAUUCAGAUAUUGUGAUUGUCCCAAUACAUAUUACAUGCAUAUACAGCUCUUAAUAGUUUACUGCCGUUUGCUGAUGCCGAAACUCUGCUCUCGAAAAGACGAGCAUUUUGGAAUAUAAAUCUGUAGCUGUCUUUCUUUGCAUCAUUGAUGUUUGAUAAAUGUACCGACGUGGAGGUGCAGUGGUUGGCACUAUUGUCUCCCACAUCUGGGACCAGGGGUUGAGUCUCUGCUGUAGCUCCAUGUGUUUGGAGUCUGCAUGUCGUGGGAUUUUCUCCAGGUACCCCAGGUUCCUGCCCACCCACCCCCAAUCCAAAAACAUGCCAAGUUUAACUUCAGUUACCAAAUUGCCCAUAGAUGUGAAUCCCCCAUCCCGAGUUGCUCCCUGCCUUGUGUCUUUAGCCUCCGGGAUACUUUCCAGACCCCCCCCCCCUCUCUCUCC